UCAGUUGAGAAAAAUGAUGAACUAAAGGCUAGCAAAGAGAAAGCCAACGAAUUGAGUGAAGAAAGUGACGAAUUAAAAUCCGAUAAUGAAGACGCGCAAUCACCAUCACAGGGAAUUAAAUCUGCAGAACAUGUUUCUAAUCCCUCAAUGCAUUUAUCUAUUUCUGAACGUCUUGCUCGGUUACGUCUUGCAAAACAUACACCAGAUUCAAAUUCAAUCAAAG